AUAUGCUUUCCGGGAUACUCCAUAUUCCCUCUCUCCUUCCCUAUUAAAUACAGACCUUUCAGCUAGCCAUAUUGUCAUCCCUAAAAAAAAAAGAAACCUAUUUCAUCAGAAAAAAAAAAAAAAAAAAAAAGAGAGACAAUGAGAUACAGCAAUACUUUGAUCUUGAUCAAGCUUUUGAUCAUUCAGUACCUCUCGGUUCUUUGUGUUUCUCAGGACUUCGAUUUCUUCUACUUUGUUCAGCAGUGGCCAGGAGCAUACUGUGACACAAAGCAUACUUGUUGCUAUCCCAAGUCAGGAAAGCCUACAGCAGAUUUUGGCAUUCAUGGCCUAUGGCCUAAUUAUAAGGAUGGUGGCUACCCCUCUAACUGUGAUCCCGACAGCGUCUUCGACAAAUCUCAGAUCUCAGAGCUGAUGACCAGUCUUAAUAAGAACUGGCCAUCACUGAGCUGCCCAAGUAGCAACGGUUACAGGUUCUGGUCACAUGAAUGGGAAAAGCACGGGACUUGCUCCGAGUCCGAGCUCGAUCAGAAAGAGUACUUCGAAGCAGCCCUCAAACUCAGAGAAAAAGUUAACCUUCUACAAAUCCUAAAAAAUGCUGGAAUCGUGCCAAAUGAUGAACUUUACAACCUAGAGAGCAUAGUGGAAGCUAUAAAAGAAGGUGUUGGGCACACCCCAGGGAUAGAGUGCAACAAGGAUUCGGCCGGAAACAGCCAACUUUACCAAGUUUAUUUGUGCGUCGACACUUCCGGCCAAGACAUCAUCGCGUGUCCUCUCCUUCCAAAGGGACGAUGUGCUUCCAAAGUUCAGUUCCCUAAAUUUUAAUUAACUCAUUGUUGUAAUUCUUUCACAAUAACCUUUUACUUUGUAACUUGUUACUUGUAUGUAUCUUUGGCUACCGAUGUUGCUUUCAACUAGCUAGCCACUUCAUGUGUCA